UCAAGAUAUCAACCAAACUUUGGAGGAAAGGAUUUAUAUCACUGAAACUUGUGAAUUUAAUUAGAAACUAAAAAUAUGUUCCCAAGUAAAGCUUAACUAGAUCCUUACAAGGGAGAUGACUCUCGGGGAAGGCUGAUAACGUCUAGCGGGGCGUUGCUGCAACCUGUCAUCUCGCUGCCUUGCGUAGGGCCAAUCAGACAUACUAAAAAGUGCAAAAUGAACAGUACUGUAACCUCCCAGCCAGUUUCAUCAAUGCAGACCGGAACUAUGCAGCCGUCGGUGGAGGUUGGAUGGAAGCACCUGUGGUGUUUGGAUAUUACCCACAACACCUUGGAUAUCUCACCUUGAUUGAUCAGGUGCUGAUCAAACAACGUAUAGAACUUUUGGAAGUUGUUAUUGGAUGGGAGACCGUAAAUAAAUAUGACAUCCUGAAUUCUGUUGGUCAGAACAUCUACUAUGCAGAGGAAGACACUAACUGCCUCGUGCGAAUCUGUUGCGGCCCCAUGAGGCCUUUUGACAUAAAAAUUUUUGACAAUCUCAUGGUCGAAGUGAUUCAUCUGUACAGACCAUUUCGUUGCGGUGGCUGGUGUUUCUGCUGUUUGCAGGAACUGGAGGUACAGUCACCACCGGGCCAAACCAUAGGCUAUGUGCAUGAAGUUUGUGACCCGUGUAAUCGACUGUUUGUGCUCAAUAACGCGCAAAACCAAACUGUGCUGCACAUCAAAGGAGGCACUUGCUGUUACUGUCCCUGCUUUCCAGUUCCGUUUGAGAUUAGAGGACGGGAUAACACCACUCAAGUCGGCAUGAUCACCAAACAGUUUGGCGGUUUGCUCAGAGAGGGCUUCACAGAUUCAGAUUCCUUUACAAUAACAUUUCCUCUUGACCUUGAUGUGAAUAUGAAGGCAGUAGCAAUUGGUGCAGCUUUCCUGAUUGAUUUCAUGUAUUUUGAACAAUAAUAAUAAUGGGCUGCAAAUGUGCAAACUGGACAAAGGUUACGUGCCUGCUGUGUCACUCUUGCAAGUUCUAUAAUGUGUCACCCAGCUGUUAUACUUAAAAAGAAAAGUAAACGAAAUUUCUCAUCUAGAAGGUCUCAUUUCGAGAUAAUUUUCUAAAUGCUGCCUUAGUAUUUUUUUUUUUUUUUUUGGUAACAACAAUUUAAUUAUAAAGGUCAGCUGACGUAAUGGGCUGAUGUGACUGUGAUAUUGCAGUAUUAUCCCAUUAAUAUGUUCAAAUGCAUGACCUACGGUCACAUACUUACACAUCUAUGCUUAAUUAAAGGUGGAUUCAAAUUGUA